GGAGCCCCCCACUGUAGGAGUUUAGGAAAGCCUCUGUCUCUGUUGCCAAACUCGGUGUCUCUCUCCUCGUUUAACAUGAAGCUUCUGUACCCUCAGUAAGUAACCGGUGUGUGGACUGUGAUGAACCGCUGGAGGGGCAGAGUGGCUCUGGUGACCGGAGCUUCGGUCGGGAUCGGGGCGGCCAUAGCGAAGGAGCUGGUCUGGUACGGCAUGAAGGUAAUGGGCUGUGCCAGGGACUUCGAAAAUAUACAGGUUUGUUCUGAACAUCAUAGUGCAGACUUUUCUGCACCCUGAGGUCGUGGGAGAAAUACAAACCAGUGUGAAGUUAAGUUUAACUUGUCUAGCUAAACGUCUGUUUAGUGACUGUUGAUAAAUGCACCUGUUGUUUCGAUGUCUUUCUCAAAGUAGUUUAACUAAUUAAAACUUGUAAAAUGUAUCUUUGUUGGCUGCAAAACUCUCUCUCUCUCUCUCUCUCUCUCUCUCUCAAAAGGCUCUAUGAUAAACUUUAGCCUAUAUAAGUCUCUGGAGCCCCUGAAAUCUCAAAAGGUGAUUAUGUAUUCAUCUAAAUACUUUUCUUGCAGUUGCAUUAGAUGUAAAGCCAGGUUUUCCCUAAAUCUAGAUCUACAGUAAUUGUGUUCAUGUCAAAAUAAACCAUUGAAGGACACAUGAGAUGGAUUGUGUAAUCAACUGAUGUGACUGUAAAGCUGCUUGUCUGACAACUUUAUUUGUUUUCCAUUUCAGAAACUGGCAGCUUAGUGUCAAAGUGCAUGCCACAGUGGUGUUUUGGUGCCUUUCAAGUGUGACUUGAACAACAAGGAAGAGAUUCUGUCCAUGUUGACUGCCAUCAAGGCGCAGCACAAGGGGGUGGAUGUGUGCAUCAACAACGCUGGCUAUAGUACAAAAUUUAGCUGCCUCAGUUUCAGGGUUCUGGUAUUGGUCAUAAUGUCUCUGUCAUGCCUCACUGGGACAUUUGAAUAGAACUGAACAGAGCCAAUGUUAAAGUUAUUAGUUACAUCUUUGGGUUUUUUUCCCACCAUGACAAGUCAAAAAUAGUGAAACAUGACAAUAUUAUAGAUCAGUAAAGCUUCACUUUUUCAGAUACAGUGACCUCUAAGCAAACCAGAUUGCACACAAAGAAAACAUUCAGCAAAUCGAAAACAAAACAUUGAGUUCAUUCAUUCGUUUCCGUAACCUGAGCCUAUCCCAGCUGACACUGGGCGAGAGGCGGAACAGGUUGCCACUGAGUUCAAUAUCACCUGUAAACAGGGAAAUGUCUCCUACACCUUUUGGCUGAAUCAUUUAUAAUUUUCAAAGUGGCUAAAAAGCAGUUUUCUUGUGUGAACGCUCUUGCAUAGUGUAUAUGCACCUGUGAAGCGUAUGAGUCAAUGAAAGAAAGAAAUGUUGAUGAUGGGCACAUCAUAAACUUAAACAGCAUGAGCAGACAUUGUGUUGUCCCCAGUACUGAUUUACAUUUCUACAGCUCUACCAAAUUUGCUGUGACGGCUCUGACGGAGGGUCUGAGACAGGAGCUGCGUGAAGCAAACACCCACAUCAGAGCCACAUGUAUUUCUCCUGGUUUGGUGGAGACAGAAUUUGGUCCACAUCUCUACAGUGACAAUGCUGACAAAGUUGCUGCUGUAUACACUAAAUUUAGGGCUAUGGAAGCAAUAGAUGUUGCAAAUGCUGUGACAUAUGUCCUAAGUGCCCCUCCCCAUGUGCAGUUUUAGAUUGGGGUCGUUCAGAUGUGACCUGUGGAGCAGGUGUCGUAGUACUGCAACAUGAGACGGCUGAUUUAAUGUACUGACACUUUAAUCUACUUGGUUCACUACAAAAACAUUUUCAAAAUGUCUUUGUCAAAGGGUGAUAAACAAACAUGCAAUGUGAACUAAAAAAAAAUACCCAAAUAUCUUAAAUUAUAUAUUUUUUUUAUAUCGUUCAAAUUUCUCCUACUAAAUAGUUUAGGUAAAAAUUUGCAAAAUAUCCAACAACAUUUUGUAAAAUUA